CGUAGAAGGAACGACAGAAAGAUGACGUGCUUCUUACUUAUACCCGACAACACCGAAGCUUUCCGGAAACUCGAAUAUCUGCCAACACUAGCUUACCUCGUCUCUUCUGAAACCCUUUCACAAAAUCAAGAACCAUGGAGGCAGCACUCAAAACCUUCUUCAGCUCCACCCGCUUCGCCGUCGCCGGCGCAAGCUCCGACCCCACCAAGUUCGGCCACAAAGUAUUCGCGUGGUACAUCCACCACUCGCUCCCCGUCACGCCCCUCAACCCCCGCGCGCCCACCAUCACCCUCCAAUCCAAAGAGUAUGCCACCGUCCCCUCCCCCUCCGGCCUGAGUGACGCAUCUCAAACCUCCCUCUCCGUCAUCACCCCGCCGAAGGUCACGGCGGCGCUGCUGAAGGAGGCGAAGGAGGCGGGGAUCCCGGCGGUGUGGCUUCAGCCUGGCACGUUUGAUGACGAGGUGCUGGCGUAUGCGAGGGCGAACUUUGAGGCGGCGAUUGCGGGGGACGGAGGGAGGGGCGGCGAGGGAUGGUGUGUGCUUGUUGAUGGGGAGGAAGGCCUGAAGAAGGCGGGGAGGAAGAGGGAGGAGGGGUGGAAGUUGUGAGGGGAGGGAGAAGGGCGGAGGGCGGAAGGUUUGAGGCUAUGGGAGCUUUGAGAUCACUUUCCCGGAUGAAUGGGGUAUUAGGCGAUGGGAGGGCAUGGUUGGGCUUUGGUUGGGCUUUGGGGAGCAUUGAGGCCACUGGCGGUCACGGCUGCGGUGCAACGAGGCUUCCGAGACUUUGAACGAAGAUUACUGGAGUAAAGCAUGCCUCUACGAUUGAUAUGAAGGAACGACAAGGUAUUCUAUUCUAAGCUCACUCUUUGCAAUAUCACGUGAGGGUAAACGUGACCCGGUGAUCGAUACCCGAAUUAGGAGGUAACAAAAAA